CCUCGCUCUCUCGCUCUCUCGCUGUUGCACUUACCUCUCAGCUCUCCCCUUCUCACUCCUUAGUGCACUUCUGUUUUUGCUCUCUCUCUCAUUUUCCACUUUUUUGCUCUCCCUCUCUCCUUCUCUCUAGUUCUCUAGUUCUCUCUCUCUCGCUCUCUCUCUGUUCUCUCUGUUCUGCUGGUCAUCAUGCCGAUCACAGUGGACUAGGCUGACAUGCUGCCUAUCACUCUCAGUGGAGACCUGCGUAGCCUCCUUCCUCUGCUCCCGCGUGUGGCUGGACUACCAUGAGCAAUUCUACUCCUUCCACAGCUAAUGGCAACGAUAGCAGAACGUUUAAAGGCAUCCGAUCCCCCUGUGGUCCCUCCCGCGUGCUCCACGUCCGUAAAGUCCCCAUCGAGGUGUCCGAGGCAGAGGUCAUCUCGCUAGGAGUCCCCUUCGGCAAAGUCACUAACCUGUUGAUGCUCAAAGGCAAAAACCAAGCUUUCAUAGAAAUGGCUUCCGAAGAGGCGGCCAUCACCAUGGUCAACUACUACACUGCUGCCACACCCCAUGUCCGCAACCAGCCUGUCUACAUCCAGUACUCUAACCACCGUGAGCUUAAGACUGACAACCUCCCCAACCAAGGGCGUGCACAGGCAGCUCUGCAGGCCGUCAACGCAAUGCAUUCUGGGAACAUGGGCCUGUCGGGCUCGGCGUCGUCCAGCGAUGGAACCCUGAUGCCUGGUCAGAGCCCCGUGCUCCGCAUCAUCGUGGAGAACCUGUUCUACCCCGUCUCCCUGGAGGUGCUACAUCAGAUCUUCUCAAAGUUUGGCACAGUCCUGAAGAUCAUCACUUUCACCAAGAAUAACCAGUUCCAGGCCUUGCUACAAUAUGCAGACCCAUUGAAUGCACACCAUGCCAAAGUGACUUUGGAUGGGCAGAACAUCUACAACGCCUGCUGCACUCUGCGCGUGGAGUUCUCCAAGCUGGCCAGUCUGAACGUGAAGUACAACAACGACAAGAGCCGCGACUUCACUCGCCUCGACCUGCCUUCUGGGGACGGACAGCCCGCGCUGGACCCUGGCAUGACUGCUGCUUUCGGUUGGUGUGUAGGGGCUCCAGGGAUCAUCUCCUCUCCGUAUGCAGGCGCGGCUGGUUUCGCCCCUGCCAUCGGCUUUCCCCAAGCAGGCCUGUCCAUGCCAACGAUGCCAGGGGCACUAGGACCGCUCGCCAUCCCCUCGUCGGCUGUGGCCGGACGGAUGCCCAUCCACGGCAUGCCACCAGGCGCCCUCCACUCCGUGCUGCUGGUGUCCAACCUCAACCCCGACAGUAUAUCACCUCAUGGACUCUUCAUCCUGUUCGGGGUGUACGGUGAUGUUCACAGAGUCAAGAUUCUCUUCAACAAGAAAGAAAAUGCCUUAAUACAGAUGGCAGAUGCUACUCAGGCACAGCUUGCGAUGAGCCAUCUGAACGGCCAGCGUCUCUACGGCAAGGUAAUGCGGGUCACCAUCUCCAAGCACCAGACGGUGCAGCUGCCCCGGGAGGGUCAGGAGGAUCAGGGCCUCACCAAGGACUUCAGCGGCAGCCCUCUGCAUCGCUUCAAGAAGCCCGGCUCCAAGAACUUCCAGAACAUCUUCCCCCCCUCCGCCACGCUGCACCUCUCCAACAUCCCUCCAUCAAUCACAGAUGAUAUCCUCAAAGACCUGUUUGGCGGCAGCGGCUACACAGUCAAGGCCUUCAAAUUUUUCCAGGCUCUUGUGAUCGGCAGGAAGGACCGCAAGAUGGCGCUGAUCCAGUUGGGUUCUGUGGAGGAGGCCAUCCAGGCCCUGAUCGACCUCCACAACCACGACCUGGGAGAGAACCACCACCUCAGGGUGUCCUUCUCCAAGUCCACCAUCUAACGGCGGGCCUCCCCUCUUUCCCCCUCUCCCCCCUCCUCUCCUCUCCUCUCCUCUCCUCCGGUCCUCCUCUCCGCUCCUGACGGAAAGCUCUGGAACCUCCAGGCGGGAUGAAGACGGAAGGACGACAAAGACGAAAACGCAACAAAAUAUGACAAAAAAAUCAACAAAAACAAAAGUGCAAAGUAACGUUAGAAGGACAGGUUGAUCACAAUAAGGACAUGUUGAUCACAAUAAGGACAGGUUGAUCACAAUAAGAUAGCUUAGGUUUUUUUUUUGCAAAAAAAAAAAAAGAAAAAGAAAAGGUUUUGGAGAACAUCCAAAAACAGACUACUGCGAAGCCUUCAGAGACUUACUGGAGGGAUGUGCUUUUUAAUGACCAGUCCUUGUUUCAGGGGCAGAAUUUGGGUCCAGGGCCCUCUGGAUGGGUGCAAAAGGGUCUGGACAGGGGUUGGGUUGGGUUGGGUUGGGUGCGAGGAGUGCAACAAUUAGAGGACGACAACGAUGAGGAUGAACUCCACACGACACGACCAGUUCUGAUGUCAGUCGUGAGUCAGAUUCCCCCCCCCCAAGCACCCUGACCACGACCCGCCCCGUCAAUCUCCAUUUGGCCUCCCUCUCUCCCUCCCUCCCUCUCUCUCCUCUUUCUUUACCUCCUCCUCCACUCUCCCUCUCCCUCUCUCUCCUCUUUCUUUACCUCCUCCUCCACUCUCCCUCUCUCUCUCUCUCCCUCCUCCACUCUUCCUCCAUCUUCUGACCCCUGACCUCUCUGACAGUGCUGGAGGAUGUUGGCUCUGCCUCACAGGGCGGCUUAUGCUGUAUGUAUGUAUGCAUGUAGGUAUGUAUGUAUGUAUGUAUGUAUGUAUGUAUGUAUGUAUGUAUGCAUGUAGGUAUGUACAUAUGUAUGUAUGUAUGUAUGUAUGUAAGCCAGUCACCUCCUGCAGAGACCAGCUCACCCUGAGAUGGAAGGGGGGGUUGGGGUCUGCUAACAGCAGUGUGGAGGGCCCCUGGAUGGCCCCUGUGGAUCCUGUCAGUAGCCAUAGCCAUUUCCUCCUGCCCCAGAGGCCACUGGGCCAGAGGAAGAGGACGUUGGGUCAAGGGUCACCCCACAUGUCCCCACGACGUCCCCUAUCCAUUCUGCCACACCGUGGUGUUUGAAUUGAAUGUUGUUCUCUCCAUGUUGGACAAGCAGAGAUGUGGGGUCGUGUGAGUGUGUGUGUAUGUGUGUGUGUGUGUGUGUGUGUGUGUGUGUGUGUGUGUGUGUGUGUCCCUCGCCACGCCUCUCUUUCUCUCUCAGAUGAACAUUUUUUGGGCGUGUCACAAAGUGCUGCUGAGGGAGUAUGUCCUGUAGCAACCAUAGCAACCAAUCCAACUGACCAAUGAGCUGCCUCGCUCAGCUGUUUUGUAUUUCUGGAGUAGCAUUAAAAAGGACAGGAUGGGCGCUGUGGUCUGGGACGCAGAGAGGAGGGAAAAGAAAAGACGACACGAGACACGCAAGCCACCACAGGAGGGCAGAGACUGCCCUCUACAGGUCACCCACCCACCCACCCCAGUGCAUUCAGUUUUUUUGGGCUGUUGUUGUUGUUGUUGUUGUUUUUGUUGUUCAUUUAUUUGAGUUUUUUUUUUUUUUUUUUGUAAUCCUUAUUUAUCAGACAUAGUCAGCAACAUGGAGUUGCACCGUAACAUGUCUGUUUUCCCGUGCAAAGAUGAGGUGAGGUGUGGCUGGGGUGUGUUUGUUGAUGGUGGGGAACAGUGCAGUGUGAAGAGAAGAGCAGAGUCCUGCAUUGACACAAGCUGAGAGACUCCUCAUGCGACUGGGGUCUCCUUGGAAUGCUGAAUGCUAACCUGACCCCCCCUCCACCCCCCCCUUCAGAAUGCAGGUGUGCCGAGAUGAUGGUUCAGUUUCUGAGCCACUUCCACAGACAGUCUGACUGACCAAUCCUGUGGCAGAACCACUCUUGGACACCCCCCCCCCCCCCACCCUCAACCUCCCAAGGCCUGCUGUCAAUCAACCAAUCACGGCUCAGAGGAGGCACCGCUCGGCCCACCCCCUCAAUCCCAGAGCCCAAUCAGAACCAUGAAUGUGAAUGUGAUGUUCAGCCCAUGUUGUUGUUGGUGGUCGUGAGGCGUGAGGCAGGCUCUGCCCUAGGCCCCGCCCACAUGGUUUUGAUCUGUGGUUCUCCUCGUGUGUUUUUGGUUUUCUUUUCAUUUUUUUCCCCCAUCCUGUAUUUCUUUUCUUUUUAAAUUUGAAUGAUUUCGGUUUGCCUGGUCUUUGUCUCCUUGUAACAGAAGCAGCCCACAUGGCACUAGUACCUGGCCCUCAUUUGGCUCUACUCUGGGCCUGAUCUGGCUGGGAUCUGGCCUGGCUGUUUGGGAAGUGCUGCAAGGUGUCUGCUGCAAUCUGUGCCUGUUUUCUAACGCUCGUCCCAAACCUGCCCAAUGCCUCCCCCUCCCUCCCACCUCACACAUGUGUGUACACCAUACGUGUGUGUGUGUUUGUGUAUUUAUGUGUGUGUGUGUGUAUAUGUUUGUGUAAAGAUCUCUUUCUUCUUGCAUACUCAGAGAUCAUGCCUCCAUCUCUGACCAAACCAAAAAAAAAAUAGUAUUGGCAGAAAGAGAUCACUAGAAUGUAUAUGCCAGUAGCUACAGCUGAAACUCUGUGUACGUGUGUGUGUGUGUGUGUGUCUGUGAGCAUUUGGGUCCUACCUCAUCAAGCCCCUGAGGAGAAGACCCACCCCCUCUCCCAUCCCAGCGCCACCCUUCACUGAUGUGCAGGUACACAGCGCUGACUCGUGCUGCCGUGACAACUAGCCUUAUCAUUCCACUGAGCCGACUGGGCGUGACAUGACCUGGUGCACCAUGGGAUUGCAGCACAGUGCCUGAGUCAGCUGACCUCAGCAUCGUCAUGGAGAUUUGUUUUUUCCCCAGCAAAGAAAAAAAAAAAAACACCAUAAACAAACUAACAUACAAACAGUGUCAGACAUCAGACCAAACAACGCAAAAAUGUUUUGGGGCAAAACGCAAGGCAAGGGACAGCAUCUGCAUCUCUUAACCUAUCCGUUCGCUGAAGCAACUCGACAAAUUGAGAAUUGAGAACGCAUUUUUUUGAAGUUUACAGUCUUAAAUAAAGCAAAACUAUUCAGGUCUAUCUAUCUUAAGGAUUGUCAAGAUUUUUUGAGAAGAAAAAAAAAAAAAAGAAGUUACUUAUUUUUGGUAAUUAGUUCUUUUUUAUGGAAGACAAAAAAGCAAAUCUGAAACCUCAAGGGGUUUUUCUACCACUAUAAUCUAUAAGAGAUCACGCAGACAGAGAAAAGAAAAAAAAUCAUAUUUACUGUGUUUCUUCUUCAUUUCUUAUUAUGUGCCUUAUAAUGUGUUCAUAAUCAAAUAGGUUUUAGAAAAAUUUUACCUAAGAUAUCUUAUUUACUAUGUUGUGGGACAGGUGAGUGGGUUGGUUCAUUUGAUCUUUUAUUUUUGUGUAAUUAUUAUGUUGCUGUUGUUUUAGAUGUGUUUUAUUUUUGUUUAUGGGGACUCAGUAGACCAUGGUCUUAAGUUGUAAGUUUGUGACUUGUGCACACCGUAGAGAAGAUGAACGGCUAACUCUAAAAUGUUCAGUGCGUGCUGUGGGGCCCGUCCACCUGUGUGUGUGUGUGUGUGUGUGUGUGUGUGUGUGUGUGUGUGCAUGUGUACAUGUGAGUAGACAUUACUUUGUACUUAGUCAUCCAUGUAUUUGGGUUUGUGUAAUAUUAGAUCAUUGUACAUGCUGUGCAGUUGUUCUCUUGUACUUGUGAUACUGAGUGAAAGAUUGUGAGGGGAUGAAUUCAAAAAGAGAGGCGUGUGAAUUAGUGCUGUGUAUCAUGCUGGCUGUCCUUGCGGUGUGGUGUGUGUACGCUUGAGAGAGAGAUUGUCGACACUCUCCAGUAAAAACAGAAAAAUCCAAAUCCACGCACACAUGUCCAUCCUGUAUUUGUCUCCGCUGUCUGCAGGUUGAAAUUUGGCAAAAAUCCAGUUCAGUAAAUAACUGUAAAUAACUGUCUGCUCUGAAGCAUUGUGGGCCUCAUCAAUCAGAAGCGAGAGCUGCAGACCCAAAUGGGCACUGGAUUGGACGUUUUCUUACUCUUAUGUUCUUGCUGCGUGCACGGCUUUCUGAACCGAAUGUGUUGGUUGGAGACGCUGUGGACUGUUUACCAAACGCAUGCCUUUCAUUUUUGAUGAAUGUUACUGAGCCAGCCAUCCUGGGGUACACUGUCUCCCUGCAUUGCCUUAGCACUGAAAGGGGUCUAUGUGUGAAUGUUGAUGAACCAACUCCUCUGCUAAUGGGAUCUGUGCACUAGCUUACUUGAAGUUGGCAAACCAGUUUCCUGUUUGUUGGCAUGGUUAUCAACAAGUACCUGCAGAUGAGUGUUUUAGUUGUACUAAAUAUGAUGUACGCAAGUUUUAAUGUCUUAAGCACAGCUGUGCCACUUUGCUUGGCUUCAAGUUACUUUAAAAGUGAGUUUAGCUUCCGCCUUUUUCCUAAAAAUGCCAGCCUACUUACAGUACAGUGGCUGCACAAAAUAAGGAGGGAAGGAUUUUCAGUGAUCACACGUUUUGGUACAGCUGAAACACUCCUCCUCAGGUGCUUGUUAAGAGCGAUGUCAACGAACAGGAAACUGGUUUGCUGACUUCAAGUGUACAGAGCCUAUAACACAUGUCCAAGAUCGGUGUAUAGUGUAACAUAUUGCUCUGGACAGCUGACAAUAACAGACUUUUUUAGAUUAGUCAGAGUUCAAGGCCAUGUUUGCUGUCUGACUGUCUGUAGUUAACAGGGCAAAAUUUAGUUUUUGCUGUUCGAAAUGCAUGUAGACUUUGUAGUUCCUCGUGUCAGAACUGCAUCAUUGUCAAAGAUCUUGAAAACAACAGGAACUGUACAUUGCAACUUCAGUCAAGUCAAGAGCAUUGAACUCUUGGAAUGGUGCAUGGUGAACACACGUCAUCUACCGUAGCUCUUUCUAAUGCUAGACACCAGACUGCAUGGGUUUGUUUGCAUGCUUAUUAGCGACAGAAGAGAACAGAGAAUGAACAUAUAAAAUGGGAUUUGGGCUUUAUGUUCACUAGUAACUCAAGAGCAUUAAGAACCUUGCCUGGUUACAAGCUAAUCUGUGACCUUAUGGCACCGGCUAGCCAGAUUGAUUGACUGUGGUGCUAUGGCUUUGAGUGUGUCUAUCUUCCCAGUGCUGACUGGAAGGUGUAGGCGUCUGCAGGUGUGUUUGAGCAUUGAACUUUAAUUAACAAACCAGACUCCACAAACUCACCCAGUUCGAUCCCCGGAAAUGAAGGGAGGCUUCAAUAUCCGCACAAAAAAAAGCUCUGAACCUCCUCCCAACCAAACACCCAGCGGACAUGACUGGAUCUUUCAGAUGAAUGUAGACAACUUGUAGUUUUUUUUUUCUCUGCGCAAGGAAAAGUAAUGCAUUUUUGGAGAAUCUGUUUAUUUACGAAACUAGGCUAUUAAACGUGUAGCUCACACACUGAUUCGUUUACAUCUCCCUGAACUGAUGCCAGAUUUCGACCAUGCGCACAGCGUUCUUGUGUGUUUGAAGGGGGAGGGGAGGACCCACAGCACGUACUGCUUGUUUUCAGGUAGACCUUCAGUUAUUUGCCUGUUGCCUUUCUGUUUUGUUUUCGUUUUGAGCAAAAUGGGCUGAGAACUCCCCUGCUUGCGUGUGGUGUUGGAGUUGUAAUCAUAUUUACUGUACCUUAUAUUUGAUUAAUUUUAGGGGAGGGCAAGGCCUCUUUUUUUGAUCUGUAGUGAUAUUUUUCUAUGUGUUUUAUUUGUUGUUAUUUCCGAAUUUUUUCUGUGUGAAACUGGUUAAGAUUGUUGUCAGUCACUCUGCUAACUGUAUUCAGCUUUCUCUGAGUCUGCCUUUAAGUGUCACUUCACUGGUGAGAAGGAGUUUCGCUCUGGCCACAAAAUGUUUGUUUGUUUUUUUCAAAAUAUGUUAAGAUAUGUAAAUCUUGAUUACUUACUUAUGCAGUGACUUUGUAAAGUACCUGCAAUUUUAUAACAAGCUUGGGUGGUGGUCAUCUCUCUCUCUCUCUCUCUCUCUCUCUCUCUCUAUCUAUCUGUUUCUUAAGGGAUGUCAUUGAACCCCUUGCUUAGGCCUUCUUUGUUCCUUAUCCCUUUUUCCAAACAGGAGAAAAAGCCAGACUUCAUACACUUGCAUAGUUAGAAGAAUUAUGCUCUUUACACACCUCUCAUUGGCUAGUCAUGCCGUCAGUCCGCACCACCUUUGGCUUUUCAUUCCCUCUCUCUCUUUCGAUAAAAUGAUUUCCAAACCAUGUCUUGACUCAGGCGCUCCCAUUCAGCCAUGACUAAGACGCUCUCCUGAAGACGUGUAAGCUUUUGACUUGUGUCACAUCGACAAAGAUGCAUUCGUUUGUUUGUUUUCUUCUUUUCCUGGUUGUGUUCACCAAUAAUGCAGGACCAAAGUUUAUGUGCCUUUCGUCUGAUUUCUCUGUGAAGUUAUAUCCUCCUGGCUGUCAACGAGAAAGCAACCACAAAUUCAGCUUUUGUUUGUUUGUUUUCUUGUUUGUUUUCUUGUGUUUUGUGUUUAGACACGAUUGUUCUGAGUCUGCUUUUUGUGGCGUCUAGAGACAGCAGUACAUGUUUGCUGCCCUUGACAAGGGAAUGCCAAGGGAAAGUCUGUGAAGUUUUCCUAGGGAGAUUCGAGAUAAGUUUCAAAUGUUAGCGAAUGCCCUAAAAAGAUGGCCUGUUUGGGCAAUUGCAUUCUGUAUAGUGUAGAGAGGACCUGUCAGUGGACACACGGUUGGAAUGGAAGGCUUUGAAAUGUAAACAAACACAAAAGACUGUAGUUACAAUUUGUUUUGUUUUCUUGGUCAUUUUUGCAACCAGAUUUUUGCUCCUCAGAUAGUCUUCAUAGACAGCUUUACUUCACAAUUUAGCAAGUCAAAGUGUGACACAGACUUAAACCAAAGGACCUUGACAAAACAAACUGGGUUCAGAGGGUACACAUAAAAUGUUAAGUCAUGACAUUAAUGUCAAGCAGUCAAACCUCAACAUUUAACCUCUGAGUUAUGUCUCCAAAAUUUCUAAAUUUCAAUAUCUGCUUUACUUGUGAUGUUUCUGACUUCUAUUCUUCAGCUCUAGAUUAUUGGGAGAGAAUGUGAAAGAACUAAUUAAGUUAUUUGACACACAUAAAAGGGAGGGGUCGUAUAUAAUUGGACAAGAGGAGACCCAACCAAGACACAGUGCACAUGAGGUUGUGUCUAAGCGGGUCUCUUUCCAAAGUGCUGCCUUUGGAGCGCAUCAAUUAUCCUAAUUUAUAGUUUGUAUGAAUGUUCCACUACCAAAAGGAAAGAUAAACGAUGUACAUAUAUGUUCCCAUUAUAUUAGUUUUUCGUUUUGUUUUGGAUUUUUUAUUUUUUUUGGUUGUUUUAUAACCUGGCCAAAAAUGGUUUUGGGGAACAAGUCACAACAUCAUCAGUAUGGACUGGUUUUUAUAUUUAAACAGGCAUUUGAAAACACACUUACAAACAAAAAAAAUUGUCUUCUGUAUUUUGAUAUCAUACUAGUACCAGCUUUCGUUUGUAAAUCAGAUUAUGUGACAUUGUGGGGCAAGGGGGGAGAAGAGAAAAGUGGAUUCAGUUUGAUGAGUUGAUGUAAUAAAAUGCAAAUAGAAGAUAAACUAUUAAAGAAACAUAUUUUCUAAUUUUGCGGUGCAUGGUCGAGUGGAGUUUUUGUAUUUUGUAGAAAGGAUUUCCUUUAUGUUUUGAACUGCAUAUUAUUAUAAUUAUUGAUUAUUAUUAUUACUACUACUAUUAUUACUCCUAACCAUGAUUCCUUAUGAUUAUUACUGCAGAGUCUCUGCUGGUAUUUCCUAAUCAACUUUAAUUGUAGCAUGCCUUGAAUAAAUGUCAUGUCAUCAGUACUUUUUCCUCA